AGUGGGUACGAGGAGAGAGUAGUCCUGGAUUUUACUUUUGUUGUAGAAGACGGCCUGUCAGACCUACACUACCCUAACCUUCUGUUAGGGUGUCUGUUGAGCAAAUUAUCCCCCUAUGGUUUAGAAGGAAAAAAAAAUAAAGGUAGUAGGGCUUCACGUCUCGCAGAAGCUUUCUUUUCCACUCAAGCGCUCGAAGGAGCAAGAUCAGUUCAGAAGCCUGAAGUGAUCUAAAGUGAAAAUCCUAAAGUGAAGUCUAUACUUUAGCAGAAGUCUCAAUCCGACUUGUAGAAGUUUUUAUCGGUGGAAAGAAGAGAAGAGCUAUUAGCAGGUUUUGGUGAAGAUUCAGGACCCAGCAGGUGCUGACCACGUUUUGGUCUAGCUACAAGUUCCGACAACGUGUCAUACGACCGCCUGGUGCCCUGUAGCGAUCCGCCGUGGCGGGUUCUUCGACGACGGCGCAGCCAACCUUAGAGUCGAAACAAAGGACUAUGGAAAGAUCAGUACAGAGAUCGAAAGAAAUUUUGGACAAGUUGACAGAUUAUGAGAAAGGAAAAGUAGAAAAUGUGGGUGAUUUGGUAAGGCAUUUCCGGGAUUUUGUGAUAGCUACAACAAAGCAGGAAGAAGAGAGGAGAAAAAAGGAGAUUGAUGUUGAAGAGAGGCGAAUGAAACAGGCAGCCGAGGGUAUAGAGAGGAAGAAAAGAUUGGAAAAGCUUCUGGUCGACCUUAAUGAGAAAAUCAAAACCGAGCCGACAGUGAUUCCCAAGCAGGAAAGAGACUUGCCAAUUGAAGCGGAAGUUUCGGACAAAAAUAAGUUUGAACCCAGAGUCAAACAGGGUUUGCUAAAGUCUGAUUCUGGAGACCAGUUUCAAACUCCAUCUGGCAGUUCUGAUAAACGGCCACCGGAGAAAAAUCUCAAAUUUAGGAAAACCAGCAGGGAUAGUCGGGAGUUAAAAGUUCGUAAAUCCGGAAAGCGACUACGAAAACAGAGCGUCUCAUCAGAGUUAUCAUAUGAGUCCAGCGAGAGUGCUUGGUCUUUUUAUUCCAACCAAGCAAGUUCCGCAGACUCGGAUAGGCCACGAAGAGUUCAGGAGCGAGGUAGAAGAGAAGUAAGGCAGAGAGAUAGGAGGGAACACCAAAGACCACUCAAACGGAUCCCGAUGUCCGAAUGGCGAAUAAAAUAUGACGGAAAAGAUGGGGGUAGAAGAUUGGCGGAAUUUUUAAAAGAGGUGAAGAUGAGACGCAGGGCUGAAAUCAUUUCGGAUCGCGAGCUGUUCAGAGGUGCGAUUCACCUUUUCUCAGGGAGAGCCAAGGAUUGGUUUAUCGAGGGCAUGAAAAACCGAGAUUUCAGAAACUGGGGUGAGCUGAAAUCCGAAUUGAAACGCGAAUUUCUUCCGCCAGACCUCGAUUUUCAGCUCGAGAUACAGGCAACAAAUCGACGACAAGCUCGUGGAGAGAAAUUUGUUGAUUACCUCCACGACAUAUUGAAGAGAUUCCAAUCUAUGACUCGACCAAUAUCCGAAAGGAGAAAGUUUGAAAUUAUUUGGAGGAACAUGCGAUUUGAUUACAAGAACUGGUGCUGGAAUCAAGUCAAUUUCUAAAUUAAAACGGUAUGGAAGAAUUGUCGACGAAAAUAACUGGAGCAUUUUCCAAAAGCCGCUUGACAAUUUGAACAAGCCUCGAUCUAAUCAGUUGAAUGAAAUUUCGACUGGCAAUAAAGUAAAAACCCUCAAACCGAAGGAUAAACCGAAACAGACAGAGCAAACCCCUACACAUGAGAGACAGAAGGCAGAUGAGGACUCAGUCGAAGGGAACUCAAGGGGACCCACCACAACCGAUGGAGGGUACCUUACAAGAAUUGGCAAACCAAUACAAGCGUCCACCGAUUGGUACGUGCUACAAUUGUAGACAACGGAGACACCACUAUCCCGAAUGUGAGGAACCUAAAAGGAAAUUUUGUCGAAUUUGUG